AUGUCCUGCUGCCGAGCGCAUGUGGCUGAGCCUGUCACUCCCAGCUCCGCGUCAUCGUCGGAGCAGGAUGAGCAACAAGCGCAGCAGAAUGAGGAGACGGGGCCCAAAAUCGACAACAGCAGCGUCCUCGUCCCUGGGUUCUCCAUCAAGGGGUCCGUCGCCCACUUCGACGCCGGGAUGACCCUUUGCCAAGGCUCCGUGAACGCACGCUUUUCCAUUCCCCUCUCCUGGCACGACUUGGCAUAUACGGCGAAUGGCAGGAGAAUUCUUCGUGACCUCACAGGGACAGCGCUUCCGUCGCGGUGCCUCGCCAUCAUGGGAUCGAGUGGUGCGGGUAAGACGACGUUUCUCAACGCCAUCUCUGACCGACUUGCCUCCUCCCGCACCCUCAAGAUCACAGGGAAGCGCCAGCUGGGUGACUUGGAAUACAGGCGUCGCUACCGCCGGAUGAUUGGUUUUGUGGCGCAGGAUGAUAUUCUCUCCCCACGUGCAACGCCAGAGGAUUCCCUCAGCUUCUCGCUUCGUGUGAGGCGCGGCACCAGUCGAAAAGAAACCAACGCAUUGGUUGAGGAGUCUUUGGGAGAAUUACGCCUUGUCCACUGCCGUGACACCAUCGUUGGCAUCCCUGGCCUUAUCGCUGGUCUUUCAGGUGGUGAGCGCAAACGCGCCAGCAUUGGUGUGGAGCUUAUUUGUGACCCUAAAAUUAUUAUGUUGGACGAACCCACCUCGGGUCUGGACUCCGUUACAUCAGUGAAGAUUGCGCACCUUUUGAAUACCAUCGCCCGAACAGGCCGCACGGUGAUCUACACCAUCCACCAGCCCACGGCUGAGACGUUGAACUACUUUGACGACAUCAUGCUUCUCACAGAGGGGCAAUGCGCCUACCAUGGCACGAUGGCAAAGUCUGUGGAAUACUUUGAGUCCAUAGGUUACACCUGCCCUGAACGGUACACCCCUACCGAUUUCUACAUGACCCUGCUUCAAGACCCGGAUACUUCGAAAAUCCUCAUUAAAAAAUGGAAGAAGUACUUGAAACAUGGUGUGCGAACGCCACAUACAACGGCUGUUGAACUAAAUCCCACCCCUUCUGAGUCUUCCACGGCGCACUUCAUUGAAAAAUACCUUGAUAAGUUUCGAAGUACUCCGUGGAUUCAAUUUGAAGAACUUAUGCGCCGUUCCGCCGUGGAGCUUGGUCGAAAUCGUGUCUACCUGUUUUCGCAGUUUGUACAGGCCGCCUUUUUUGCGGUGAUUGUGGGUCUCAUCUUUAUUAAUGUUAAGGAUGAUGUUACUGGCAUUCAAGACCGUGAGGGUGUUAUCUUCAUGGCAACAAUGAAUCGUGCUAUGGGGCAAACGUUUAUCAUGGUUAACUCCUUCAUGGCGGACAAGCCCUUGUACAUACGCGAGCAAAUGGUUGGUUCAUACUCUCCGUUCAUGUACUUUUUAAGCAGAACCUUGGUGGAGUUUCCUGUGCGUGUGUUCUUUUGCCUUAUUGAGAGCUCUAUUUUGUACUGGAUGGUGGGCUUAUAUCGCGACGCGGGGGCCUUCUUCUACUACUUUGGUGUGCUUGCGCUACUUACAGAGGUGGCCUCAGGGCUUGGGUUUUUACUCAGUGCCUCGUUUACCAGCUUGAUCGUUGCUUCCGCUACCGCGCCCGUGAUUUUGAUGCCGCUUGCGCUUGCGGGUGGGCUUCUGGCAAGCACGGAUCGGUUGCAACCAUAUUGGUACUGGCUGGAGAAACCCUCUUUUAUCCGUCAAGCGUUUAUUUUGCUCACACGCAACGAGUUUAAGCACCUCACGCACAUCUACUGCGACGGCGAGGGCAAAAGUCCGAAUUACUGCAGAGACCAACCAAAGAACGGCGAGCAAGUCUUGCAACAACUUGGGUUUCAGACGGAACAGUCUUCAGACUGGGCUAUGUGGGUCUCGCUCGCCGUUUUGUACUUCCUCUUCCGCUUUUUUGUCGUGAUUGCCCUCUCCAUUGCCGCGCGGACAAAGUUUUAG